AUGACUGCCACUGAAUUCUUGACUUAUAUGGAUCAUUUCAUAAAAUUUUCUAAACCCACCACAGAAGAACCGGUGUUGCCAUUAUUGGACAAUCACUCCUCACACGUUGACAUUAACGUAGUAGAAAAAGCUAAAGCCAACUCCAUCAUUAUGUUGUCAUUUCCCCCUCACUGCACCCACAUGCUGCAACCUCUGGAUGUUGGCGUCAACGGGCCUUUUAAAGCAUACUGUGCUAAAGCCCAAGAUAAUUGGCUCCGUAACAACCCAGGCAAAACGAUGUCAAUCUACGAAAUUCCUGGAAUUGUUAAAACAGCAUGGCCUUUAGCAGCAACCCCUACAAAUAUUAUAAACUCAUUCAAAAAUACUGGAAUAUGCCCUCAUAACCCUGAUAUUUUUACAAGCGAUGAUUUUGCUCCAUCUUUCGUGACAGAUCGACCAUUUUUAGAAGUUUUUGUCCUUGAUUGUGUAUCUAGUUUUUUUUUUUAG